AUGAUUGAUGCCCUACAUGGAGCAAGCUGGAUUCGGGUCAGCAGCAUUGAUCCAGACGUUCGACUUGUGGUACAAUUUAAUAUCUGCACUAGUGGAGCGGUGGCGCCCGAAGACCUACACUGUUCAUUUCCGUGUGGGGAGUACACAGUGACUUUAGAGGAUGUUGCACUGCAGCUUGGGCUCCCAAUCGACGGGAGUCCCGUAACGGGAGUAAGUGUAUUUGUUGAGCCAGCUGCACUAUGUUAUCAGCUACUAGGAGACUCGCCAAACGAUGAUGAGUCAAAUUUUACGAGCUUGAAAUUUACAUGGCUGAAAGGCAAAUUUGGACAGUUAUCAGCUAAUGCCACUGAAGGAAAGUUGAUAUGCGCUACUCGAGCGUACAUCAUGCAUAUUAUAGGGGGAGUAUUGAUGCACAAUUCAAACAACAACAAGGUUCAUAUCAUGUACUUACCUCUAUUAGCUGAUUUGACCAAUGUUCGCUCGCAUAGCUGGGGCUCCGCAGUUUUGGCAGUGUUGUAUCGGGAGCUUUGUCGGACGACAAAGCCUACUGUUGUUGACAUGGGCAGAUGCCUUACACUGUUGCAAUCCUGGGCACUUUAUCGAAUGUCAUUUUUGGCAUCGUUUACUCACCAACCAUAUGUUUAUCCACUAGUUAACAGAUGGAGUAUUUAUCCGGUAUUGAGAGGUCGUACACUGUCCCGAUAUACCGACUGA